AAAACCAGUGGACAACAGUGUAUUCGAGGCUUUUUGCACCGUAUGCAAAAAAAGGAUUCAACUAGGCACAAUGGGCGCGAAGGGGUUAGAGUCUCAUGCCAAGUCGUCUAAGCACAAGAACUCCAUCAAAGGUAAAGAACAAACUCCUUCAAUCGCCGGCGUGUUUCAACCUGCUGAAGCGGCAGCAGAUAACCUUAACCAGCCAGCUGCUAGCGCUGCAGCCCCUCCAGCUACGACCGCAACUAACGUUAGAGUGGGUCUGCGCACAGCUUUUGGGUCCACACCAACGAUGAAAGCAGAGGUGUUGUGGACUCUUAACACCAUCGCCAAACACCAGUCCUACAAUGGAAAUGAGGGUAUCUCAGAGCUUUUCAAGUGCAUGUUCCCCGACUCAGACAUCGCUAACACCUUUAGUUGUGGUCCCGACAAAACGGCUUACAUAGCCAAGUUUGGUUUAGCUGUUCAUAUCAAAGAGGAACUGUUGUCCAAAGUUAACAAAUCGCCGUUCGUUCUAAUGUUUGAUGAGAGCAUCAACGAGACUACGAAAAACAAACAGCUGGAUGUGCAUGUCCGUUUCUGGGAUGAGGGACAGAUUCAGUCCAGAUAUCUGGGUUCCCGGUUUAUGGGACAUUCCACUGCACAAGACCUGCUGUCGCAUCUCAAAGAAUGUAUAGACAAACUAAACCUCAAGGACUUGGUGUCCAUCUCAAUGGAUGGGCCCAGUGUGAAUUGGAAACUCUUCGACCUUUUCCAGAUAAAUCAAGCUGAGCAGUAUGGAGAAAACCUUCCAGUUGUGGAGAGAGCCCUGGCAGUCUGGCCAUCACUGCUCCUGUACAUGGAAGCUGUGAAAACAAAGACACUCUCGAACCCUGGAACAGCAUCCUAUGACACAGUUGCAGCAGCCAUGAAGGAUCCACUCAUCUUGGCCAAAUUGCAGUUUUACGCGGCACUCGCCAGGACCUUCACUCCCUUCCUGAAAAAAUAUCAGACAGAUGAGCCUGUGCUUCCAUUCCUCCCCAAGGACCUGACCGAGUUGAUGAUG